AAACGGAUGACACUAGUAACUAGGAUCACUCCGCUUGGUUUAAUGAAGCUCAGUGUUCCUCUUACGCUUCUUCACCACUCCAAAAUGUCUUCAUCUCUUUGAACUCUUUCUCCUCCGCAAAGCUUACCAUCCCCAUCAACCAAUUUCACAGCAAAAAUGAACAGAUUAAGAUGGGUAAUGGAUGAUGGUGGAUUCUGGGAUGUAGACGUAUCAACACCAAGAACAAUGGAUGGUGUGGCCCGACCCUUACCCAAAGACGGCCCGCUUCCAUUAGGCUUAUCAAGGGGUACCAGGCUUUCCAUGUCCAAGCAGAUUUACUUCUUUCAAAGAUUCAUGGCUGCCCCUUUCGUUCCUUCUUUUGUUGGUGGUGCGGGCGGCAAUGGGUUCUCUCUCCACCGUGCUCUCAGCAUUCCCUCUGGCAAUGACUGGUUUAACAUUUUGCUGGGUCAGUUCAACUUCCAAAAGUUUGUAUCUUCUGUGAGAAAGGCCAAGUUAGAGGAGAGCUCAGAUUCAUCCUGGCUGCAAGUCAUUGGAAGGCACUUGCUUGAGAAAUCAUUUUAUGCAUCUGGAUUUUUUUCAGAGUUCCUUGUAACGCCUGAAGAUACGCUGGUUUUUUCUUAUGAAGCAUGUGGUGACAAAAAGACUGCUCGAAAAAAGGCAGUUUUUAAUCAUAAGUUUCCUCAUCUGAAUCUGAAAUUGGAGAGAGUUUGGCCUGGACUUUUUAUUGACAAGUAUGGAAAUUACUGGGAAGCGCCCGUUACACUGGCAGCUGAUCUGGCAUCUGUCUCUUCUGACUCUGGUUAUAGCUGCCACUUGUGUUUGCAGCAUAUAUCAGGUUUAGCAAAGCAAGUUGAAGGGGAUGACUCCAGUGAAGUUCCUGCCAGUUUACUUCCCGGGCUCUAUCUUAAAAGUGCCUUUUCCUUCAAGAAGAGUUUAGACUUUUGGAGAAGUGAGGCAAAAAUGCUAAAAUUUGUUCAGCCCUAUGAUUUGUUCUUAUCAAGUCCCCAUAUUUCUGGCACAGGUCUUUUUGGUGUUGUUGCAACAGUAUUGGUUGGAGAUAACUCACUAAGAUCACCUUUAGAUGAUCAACCAAAUGAUUAUAAGCGCUUUGAUGUUUAUGCAUCUGGAGGGAAAUCAGCAUGCUUUGCAGACUUAUUUGCAUCUUUGUCAUUCUCAGCCCAAUAUGGUAACUUCCAAAAGCGGGUCUUUGAUCUCACGCGGUUUCAUGGCCGGUUAAAUGUUCCUUCAGGUUCCAAGUUCUUUUCAGCUGCCACAUGUUUGGCCCAAAACCUAUUUAAGUCUGAACGGCCAUCCCUUGAAGCAGUUCAGGCAGUUUGUCCCAGUGCCACAUUUUCUUUUCAGCAACAGAUUGUAGGACCCUUCAGUUUCAGAGUUGAUUCAGAAGUUGGUGUUAAUUUAAAGAACCAGGAAUGGAAGGUGAAUGUAGACAAUCCUGUAUUUGCAAUUGAAUAUGCUUUACAUGUACUCUGCUCUGCAAAGGCUGUUGCUUGGUACGCACCGAAGCAAAAGGAAUUCAUGGUGGAGCUUCGGUUUUUUGAGGGAUAAACUCGAGUGAAGUUGUAUAGACUUACAUUACAGUUUUGGAAUGAGUAGCAUUUAGAGCCUUCUUUUGGCACCUAUAUUUUUUGUGAUUGGCCAUUUGACCAUGAAUUCAUUGAAUUUGUAGCUAAAUGCUAAUGGAAAAUUAGUUUGAAGGAUC